UACAGAUGACUGACACAGGAAUGGAAAAUACGGAGGGAGUUCAACAUCUAGUGAAAGAUUUCGCUCUCCGUACAACUUCACAUGGAGUAGCCCGAAUCGCUGCCUCGAAUACACGCUUUCGACGAACAGCCUGGAUGGUCGUCGUACUGGGAGCGUUCAUCGGGUACAGUUUGCAUGUAGGUUCCCUAAUUGCAAGAUACCUACAGUAUGACGUCGCUGUUAAGAUGGAGGUUGUAUCUGGAGAUUCGAUCACCUUCCCAGCUGUCACUGUGUGCAAUUCAAACAAGUUACGACUAUCUGCUAUCCUGAAUAGUACUUACAAAGACCUCGCUAAAGUGAAUGAACCACUCUUCUCCUUCACGUAUCGUGGACCGUGCAUGCCGGGCGACGUACCAUGCGACGAGCAGAAAUCGAAAUGCAUCAAACAAUACAUGUGGUGCAAUGGUAUUGUAGAUUGUCCCAAUGCUAUUGAUGAACUCAAUUGUCAACGAGGUAACUGUUUAUCAAACCAGUUCAAGUGCAACAACGGGAAAUGUCUACCGCUAACAUUGAAAUGUAACUUCAGGGAUGAUUGUGGUGAUAAUAGUGAUGAACUCUUGGAUGGGGGUUGUACAAUUAGAAACUGUGUUGAAGGGGAAUACAUGUGUUCAACCUUUGAGUGUAUACCCCAAUAUAAGCUGUGUGACGAUAAGCCUGAUUGUGCUGAUGGUUCCGAUGAAAUAGCUCCAUGUACACUUUAUAAAGCUAGCAUUUGGUUUUCACCUUGUAAGGGUGGAUUUAUGGAAACAUGUAUAUUCAGUGUUGAAGAAGAAUAUAUGUGUUUACACCCUUCCGAUGUGUGUAAUGGUGUUGUGGAUUGCUUCGAUGGCACCGAUGAAAUUUGUGACAAUUGGUUAAAAUACAAUGGAACAAUGUGGACUUGCGAAAAUAAUUCAUCUUCGAUUCCCAUACAAUUGAUGUGUAAUGGUUUUCCUAACUGCAAUGAUGGAAGUGACGAAGUAAACUGUGAGGAUUAUCCAUGCCCACCCGGUAUGUUCAAGUGUGCCGUGACUUACUUGUGUGUUGAUGAAACAAAGCGAUGUGAUGGGUCUAAUGACUGCGUUGAAGUAAUGCUCAUACCUUUCGACUUGUCAGAUGAAGAGAAUUGUGAAAACUAUGAUUGUUUAUCGGACAGGAAACUGUGUUCAAAUAAAGAUGGAAAUUAUUGUCUAGAUAACACUAGUUGGUGUGACGGCUCCGACGACUGUUUUUUUGGUGAAGAUGAGGAAUGUUACAACUAUACUUGUCCACCGAAUAUGAUAAAGUGUGGUCUAUUGUGUGAAGUACUUGAUAAGCGAUGUGAUCUGAAAUCGAACUGUCUCGGAGGCAUCGAUGAAGCUGACUGUCAAAAUCAUAUGUGCCCGGAUGAUAGUUAUUUUCGAUGUCGUAGUGGUCAGUGUAUACCUCGGUAUCUGUACUGUGAUGAGCCAAUAAGACCUGACUGCGCCGAUGGCAGUGAUGAACUCUUCUGUAACAAUACGUGUGAUAAUGACGAAUUCCAAUGUAAAAGUGGUUGGUGUAUCAAUGGUACAUAUACAUGCGAUGGUGUCAAUGACUGCGGCGAUAACAGUGACGAAGACAACUGCCCAACAUUCUGUGAGAGUGGCGAGUUUAAAUGUGAAUCUGGCUUCGACAAUGGUAAUCGUAUAUCCACGCAUUGUAUCCCAAUGAAUCGUCAAUGUGAUCGAUUUAUUGAUUGUCACUAUGAAGACGACGAAGCUGGUUGUGAAUACCAUGUUCGUGACGUGACAACAGAACCUGACUGGAAUGCUAACUACCUUGAUAUCUCGGACGACCCAACUGUAUAUGAAGCUUUCCGUCGUUACGUUUUCGUCAAUCGCCCAACUGACUUCAUCCCCCGUGAAUAUCCCCCCUUGUGGGAUCACUUUCUGGUGUCUAGUAAUACAGCUGACUUCAGUGAUUUGAAAACUGUCCUGCGUUUACAACGAGAAGAGCUAAAACAGUUUGGUCAUCAAGGCUCAGACUUGAUACUACAAUGCAGCUACGAUCAGAGAGAAUGUAACCCAUUGGACUUUUACCAAUUCGAAGAUGACGUAUAUGGGAACUGUUACACGUUCAAUCAUGAACAACAGAGAACACUUCUGAAUGCAACUAAUACAGGAUCAGGAUUUGGACUAAAAUUGACACUUUUUACAGAACAAUCUGAGUACAUCGGUAUUUUUGGACAGGAGUCCGGCAUCAGGUUGAUGGUUCACGAUCCAUUUACAACUCCUUUCUUAGAGAAUGAGGGUAUUGAUGCAAGAACAGGGACAGCAACAUCAGUCAUUAUUAAACAGAAGGAGUUUAUAAGUGCACCUUGGCCGUGGGGCAACUGUACUGACAAGAAGUAUGUUGAUUCAGGAGAAUAUCGUUACUCUUUGAUUGCAUGUCAAAAAGAAUGCUUGCACUUACGCAUGUAUGACAAAUGUGGAUGCGUUGAUUCAUUUUUCGAGGAUAAACCACUUUGUGAUAUUCUUGACAAAGAACAAGAUGCAUGUGUUCAAUUGAUGUAUUAUUUCUAUCAGAAAGGAAAUCUUGGAUGCGACUGUCAGCAGCCAUGCAGUGUCACCAAAUACGAUAAGAUAUUAUCUUUGACAACGUGGCCGUCAAGCACAUUUUCGCCCCGUUUACUCAGUAGCUUACUUGCAGUUAAUCCGAAAGUUGGUACAAUUGCCAAAGAAAAUCAGCUAAGUGCCAACCUUGCACGUGUAAAAAUAUAUUUUGAGUCCCUGAACUUUGAACGUGUAUUGGAAGUAGAAGACUACCCGUUCCCUCAACUUAUGGCGGACGUAGGUGGCGCUCUUGGACUAUGGGUUGGUCUAUCCCUUAUCACAGUGGUCGAGUUUGCCGAGUUCAUAUACGAAUUACUUCGCUCGUGUAGAAGACGCUCAAAACAACGGAAUGACAAAAACGAUAACGGAACAUCUCACGUUGGGACGUAA